CCCCCCCCCCCCAAGAUGGCGGCGGGCGGGCCGGGGCGGCGGGCUGGGGUUGGGGCCUCGCGCGGGGCUGGCAGCGGGAGGAGCCGCCAGUCUUCUUCACGCAAAGCAGCUGACAGACAACCCUCAAAGAGGCUAAAAUGUGAAAAAAACAGUCUAUUAAAAUCAGAACUAGAAGGAGCAUGUGGGACUGGAAACCUUGCAGUGAGGAAAGCAGCACUGAAAACAUCUGCUGAGAAUUCACAUUCAGAAGAUUCAGGAGACCAUAAUAUAAUUCAACAGAAAAAAGGUGAAAGCAUUCCAGAGACUAGUGAAGAGAGACAGGAAAAUGAGCAUGAUGUUUCUUUGAAGCCAUUUGCAGAGAAAUCAGGUAGUGCUCCUUCAAAAACAGAAAGCAAUGAAAAUCUGCAAAAUCAUGUCAGCAGUGAAGAGGAGAGUGGCUCUGAGACUGUACUUUCAGAUGAGUCUAGCUUGAAGGAUGGAGGUGUCCCAGAGACACCAACGGAACUAGAUAACAGUGCUUUCCUGGAUGAAGACAGUAACCAGCCAAUGCCGGUGGACAGGUUCUUUGGAAACAUUGACUUUAUACAGGAUCAGCCAGCAGUUGCACUCCCAAGCACAACAAUGAGCAGGCGGGAAUUCAGAAGGCUACAUUUCAUUGCAAAGGAAGAUGAGGAGGAGGAAGAGGAUGUUCUCUAGCAAGAAACUGUAAGACAAAGGAAACCUUUUUUCUUUCUGAUGGUGUAAUGGUGGUUGGCUGUACCACUAGCAUUUGUCAGCGUUUGCCUUUUCUUAAAACAGAGAACGGGUAUAGUUUGUUUCUCUGGAAUUGUCAGAUGCAGUGCUCUCCCACAACUUUCUGGGGCAGUUUGAAUUUUCAGUGAAUUGAAAAUAAAUUGUAAUUUAUCAUUUUAUCACUAUCAGUUAUAAUAAAGCAUGGAAAACAA